AUGUAUCAUGAUUGCAGUCCACCAAUUGUUCAUCGGGAUGUAACCAGCAACAACAUUUUACUCAACUCGGAACUGGAGGCUGUUGUUUCUGAUUUUGGCACAGCUAAACUCCUUGCUCCAGAUUCAUCAAAUCAAACCAUAAUUGCCAGCACAUAUGGAUAUAUUGCUCCAGAGCUUGCCUAUACGUUGUCUGUGACUGAAAAAUGCGAUGUUUAUAGCUUUGGAGUGGUGGCACUUGAAACACUAAUGGGAAAGCAUCCGAAAGAGUUGCUGUCAUCAUUAACAUCAUCUUCCACGCAAAGUCUACUGCUUAUUGAAAUAUUAGACCAACGUCUACCGCCCCCAAGAAGUCGUUCGGCUAUCCGGGAUGUCAUGCUUGUUUCAACAAUUGCAUUUGCAUGUUUACAGGCCAACCCAAAGCGUCGACCAACCAUGCAGAGUCUGUCUAAAGAGUUUCUUGCUUGCAGCACACCCUUUGCCAAGUGCUUUCAUGAUAUCUCAGUUGGGCAGCUCAUGAACCCACAAGUCUAUCUGGAUCACUAAAUUAAUCGGUUGCUUACAAUUAAUUCGGUUGAAUGAUGAUUUUGUCUUGUUACAAGGAUCUAUCUCCACUAGAUACAAUUGGGCUUCUUUUUAAACAAGCAUUGGGCCCAUUUAAUGACCUGUAACUGACGGCCCCAAUAUCCACAUGAAGCAUGUAGUUAGGCUUCUCUUUUUCUUUUUGUUUUAUAUUUUUAUUGGAAGUGUCCAUCAAGUUAUGUUUUAAAAUUUGGUCCUGUUUUUUUUUU